AGGCGACCCGGAAGGUCUGAACUCAAGCUGAAGGCAGGCAGAAAGAACAUCAACCUUUUAAAUACAUAUUUGCAAGAGAAAAAUCUGCAAUCGGGGUACCAGGACGAUGGCCGAGCCUCGGUUUAAUAACCCCUAUUUCUGGCCACCGCCUCCGUCCAUGCCCGGCCAGCUGGAUAACCUGGUGCUCAUCAACAAGAUCAAAGAGCAGCUGAUGGCGGAGAAGAUCCGGCCCCCCCACCUGCCCCCCACCACGGUGCACUCCCAGCAGUCUCUGCUGAUGAGCCCGUCGCCCUCGGAGACCGGCCAGCAGGUGAUGUCCGUACCCAAGCUCCAGCAGGUCCCGGGCCUCCACGCACACAGCCCGUCCCAGCCCGACAUCGCCCUGCACGCCCGACCGGCCUCCAGCUCCGUGGCAGGCCACAUUCUCGGCGAUGUGAACAUGAAUCUGGACGACAAGUCGGCGGUAAAAGCCAAAGGAUUGUGGGAGGACUGGCGUCUGCGUCAAAUCAUCGACCACCCCUCUCGAGCAAACCACCUUUCAGGUCCUCACAUGUGUGUGAACUCCUGCCUGUACCCUGCAGGUCUGGCCCUGUCAUCCCGCGCCAUGAACCCCGGCCUCUCUGACGCCGUCACCCCCACCACGCCCACGUCCAGCAGCCAGAUGCGGCUGGGGGGCGCCCCGUCCCCGAACGUGGUCUCGGGGCUGGCCAGCGCCCCCACCAUGGAGCAGAUAAAGAUCGGGGGCCUGGCGGGCUUCCUGGGCCCUCCUCCGAAGAGCGAGCGCGGGCGGAAGAAGAUCAAGGCUGAGAACACGUCAGGGCCCCUCCUGGUGGUGCCCUACCCCAUCCUGGCCUCCGGCACGGACCAGUCCUCCGUCACCAUCACAGCCAAGGAGGGGAAGACGUACAGGUGUAAGAUUUGCCCACUGACCUUCUUCACCAAGUCAGACAUGCAGUUUCACUCCAAGUCUCACACGGAGGCCAAACCGCACAAGUGCCCCCACUGCUCCAAGUCCUUCGCCAACGCCUCGUACCUGGCUCAGCACCUGCGCAUUCACCUGGGCGUGAAGCCCUACCACUGCUCCUACUGCGAGAAAUCCUUCCGCCAGCUGUCCCACCUGCAGCAGCACACCAGAAUCCACACUGGUGACCGUCCGUACAAGUGUGCACACCCCGGGUGUGAGAAGGCCUUCACACAGCUCUCCAAUCUCCAGUCCCACCAGAGGCAGCACAACAAGGACAAGCCGUACAAGUGCUCCAACUGCUUCCGGGCGUACUCGGACUCCGCGUCGCUGCAGAUCCACCUCUCCGCCCACGCCAUCAAGAACGCCAAAGCCUACUGCUGCAGCAUCUGCGGCAGGGCGUACACCUCCGAGACGUACCUUAUGAAACACAUGUCUAAACACACCGUGGUGGAUCAUCUCGUGAGCCAUCGCUCCCCACAGAGGACAGAGUCCCCCACAAUCCCCAUACGGAUCUCCCUCAUUUAAAACGCACACACAACACCAUCAGUUCCCUUAUUCAUUUCAGAAGCCCAAAAACAAAUUGCUGUUUGUUUGUUUAUUUGUUUUUUUUGGUUUGUUUGGUUUAGUCCCUUGUGCAAGUUUUUUUUUAAUAUAAAAUGUGCCAGACUAUAUGUGUACUUAAUCAAAAAAUAUUUUUGUCCCAUUUUAGUUUUGUGAAUGAGCGAUUUGGAUGGGACGGCCAAAGAUUAUUUUAGAGCACUUUCAGGCCUUGUCGUAUUGGCCCAAACAGGUUUUCGGUCUUUUUUUUAAGACUGGAAAUGUAAAGGCAUUGCUUAAGGCAGCUAAGAAUUUUGACCAGAGGUAUUGCAUUUAAGAGCCCUUCCCUCAGAUGUUCUGUUGUUUACAUGAGAAUACUUUCUGAUGCAGAGAAUCAUUGGUCAAAAUCUUUAAUCACCCCUUAAGAUAUAUUGCCACUUCAAAGUUUGUAAUGUCGUUUCAUAUCCCAGUAAUUAUUACAAGAAUCUUCAUCACAAUAGAAUUAUAUAUGUUAUAUAUUUUAUAUAUAAUAGUAUUAGCUAAUAUUUUUCCUGCUGUUUCCACUGGGACAAUGUUGGAGAAGCAUUUCUUCAGUGUCCUGUAAUAGUUUUUUGUGUGGCUGUGGAGGUUUUCCAGGACCACAGACAGGCCAGGAUCUUCAGCCUCUGUGGAUGUUCAUAUCUGAGAGAGCCUCUUAGCAUUUCUUGUUUGUUUUUGUCAAGGUGUCAGUCACUUCAAAUCAUCUUUCAGUAUUUUAUUGUGUUAUAGUCCUCUGAAAAAAAUGUAAACUUGUUUUCAGACAAAAGGGAGAGUUUGCGGAAACAAGAAGGUGCUGGAUUUAUUGGUGAGAUGCUGAGUAUUCUGCUGAAUUCAUAAUUGUUGUGGGGUCACUCCAGUUGGUGAUCAUGAUCCUGUCAAAUGCAGUAUGUAGGUGUGACGAUACUAAUUGUGACUUUUGAACGAUAACAUAAGCUUCGAUAAACCAGGUGCAACAUGAAAGAUACGUCAGUAUUUACAUACCAUUUGGUUAUCAUUAUUGAGUCUUGAAAUUUUACCACAAGUACAUUGUGUGGCUUUGUUUUCCCCGCUGUGUGGUGUUUCUUUUUCGCACACCCUCUCCUGAUCUCUUUCCCGGUGGCCGCUGAACCGUGAGUCAUAAGUGCCCUGUCCUAUUGAACUGUGAGAAUAUUUUGAAAGACAGUUAGGAUGCAUAAGGAGUGGAGAACUUGCUCCAAAGAGGCACAUAAAUCAAAAGUAGUUCAGGAGCAACAACCUUACGUUGAAAAAAAAUUACAUUUACGAUACUACUUUGUAGCUUUAAUGUCAUAUAACAUUACCAACCAGUUAGGUGUUUCGUGAAAUGAUGUUGGCACCAUACAGAAGUUUAUGGAAUUGCCACAUUUGUUUAAAAGUCCUUCCUUUGUACUACGUUAAAAAAAAAAGUUAAUUAUGACUUGAAAAGAUUAUUUGAAAGCUGAUGAUUUAACGCUAAUGCGUCUUCCUGCUUCUUCACUGUUGCAACCGUGUGAAACGCCUCUUCACCAAAUUUGCUAACCUUUCCUAUGCUAUAAGGUGCAGUGUGUACGGUGAAGUUUGGAAAAACCUGGAUCCAAAAUUGUCACGUCUAACAAUAUUACUAUCGCUCUGAAUGACUAGAAUCGGACAGGAAAUGUGUCUCCCGGCUUCAGUGGCACAUGCCUGCAUUGUUUGACAGAAGAAAUAUAUUGGGAAAUAUACUGGGUUGAACUACAGGGUGUAGGGAUGGAACCUUGGCAUGUAUACAUGUCAAAAUAGCUUUUAAAAAAAUUAAUACAAAAAUAUAAGCUGCCUGGCUAUUUUCUGGACUCAGUAUCCUAAUGCCGACUACAACAUACCCUGCCUCGUCACUGUCUCUCUCCCUUUAUGGAGUAAGUGGGGAAACCGUACAUCUAUGUUAUAAAUAUACUUAUGCCCUUCUUAUAUUUUAAGUCAUUUUAAGAGAGAAUACCAGUUUUGGAUUUCUCAUUAAAUCCUAAAUCGAUACAUUGUUUAUGCAUUAAAACAAAACCUUGUCUAUUGAAAUCCUUUCACUCCGUCUAAAUAUUAAUAUUUGAUUUGUUAUUUUUUAUACACAUUUAAGCCUUAAUUAUUGUCGUUGUAUGACCACAUUUUAUUUUACUGGUGUUGUCCUGUAUCAAGUACUGUACUACAUUUUCAUUUCUUAGCAUGAAAUAUUCUGUAAAUAUUCAAUAUAUUAACUGUUAACCAAUUUUCUAUAUUAAAUGAUUAUAUAGGUCUAGCUAUUAAAAUAUUUUUUUCCUUUGUCUUGCAUUGUUGUAUCAUAAAGAUUAAUUAAGACAGAACCGAGUUUGUGUAAAAGCCAAGCGAAAAAUAAAAUGACAAAAAGCUUUGUAUCUUUUUUCUUGUUUAAUAAAUGCAAACUGAUAUAAA